AUGUCAUAGUGCGGAAGAUUUUAUCACGAGGUAACAUCAAACUUCUGUCAACAUUUUCAAUUUAAUUAAAUAAAUGCCUUAUCUUUGUGGGGAUCACUCGUCAUCCCCAUAUCGAUAGGAGUAUUCAAUUCAAUUGGGCUAGGAGCAUAGGGGUUCUAGAUUUUUAUUUUGCUGCUGGUGUUCAACUACGGAAAGAAAGAUGCUUCAUUGAUGAAUCAACCUAUGUAAUUGGCAUAAUAUUUUCUAACUUCGAUAGAGAAUUUGAAGAAAAGAAAAUAACCUAAUUAACCAGCAGUAAAUGAAAAUUUGGUAUUAUUACUGGGCCCAAUGAUGAUAUCAGGAUGCACAAUAGGAUUACAUUCAAAAGAUUAUAUCCCUACAUUUUUCACUAUUGUAAUCACUUUAAUUUCCCUAUUAAUAUUGAUGAUGACAACUUAUAAAAAAACAAAAUAAGUGAGAUAUUUAGAGUCAUUGGCAACAAAAGAACAGUUAAAGGAAUUCGAAGACGAUUUUAUUAAUGUAGGUGAUGGAAUACUGAUAAAUGUGGAGCAAUUCUUUUAAUAAAUUUAAAGCUCUCUUUAAAGAGAAUCCUUUAUUAAAAUACUCCCUUAAGAAAUGUUGGAAAUGAAUUUGACAAUCGAUGAACAUAAAAUAAAGGCCAAGGACUUUUUGAAUUAAAACAAAGAAAUUAGAGAGUAAAUUCAUAAGAAGUUGGUGACAAGAUCAAUCCCAAAAUUAAAAGUGUUUUUUUAUGCUCUUACAAUUCUCAUUAAUGUUGGAUUAUUGUUUAAGACUACUGAAAUGCAUGUAUGUGAUGUGGAUGCAUUUAAAAAUUUCAUGAUUUAAGUUUGGCAUAGAAAUUAAUUGCAAGUAACUUGCAAUGUGAGCUUAUUCUUCUUCCUUGCUUUAAUUACAAAGACAUUUGACAUCAUAUUGUUAAUAUAAUUGUUUGUUUCAUCUUACAUUUUUGGAUUUCUUUUAGGUUCUGUAGGAGCAGCUGCCUAAAUUGUAGUGAUAAUCCUUUUAACAAAAUUAAAGAGAGUUGAAGUAAGUACUGCAGAAGUGACAAUGACACUUCCCAUAAUCAUGUUCUCAGUAACAUUAUCAAGUACAAUUAUAUCAUUGGCAACUGGAAUGAUUCAUGAUGUAUGCGGAGUGAUUGCUAUCUUCUUGUUGUCUAUCAUUGGAUAGAAAGUAGUCAAACCAAAAGGUGGGUAGUAAUAUGUUAAACCCUCUGUUUGCAUUGCAUCUUGGACUUUAUUUUUUAGGCUGUCAUGUUAAUAGUCUUUGUGGUUACUUAGUUUUUUAAGGAACUAAGGCAAAGGAUUGUCAGAACUAUUCAUACCAAGAGCAGUGUGUAAAUGA